AUGGCCUUUGCGCCCAUGGGGCCUGAGGCCUCGUUCUUCGAGGUCCUGGACCGGCAUAGGGCCUCCCUGUUGGCCACCCUGAGGAUAGGCUGCGGGGAGACCCCUGGCAGGGGCACCCACCUGGCUUCUAGGUUUGAGGAUUCUGUGGGUCUUCAGAUGGUGCCUCAUUGUACCACAAGAAAAAUCAAAAGUGAUUCACCAAAAUCAGUUCAAAAAUUUGCUCUAAUUCUUAAAAUAUUGUCCAUGAUUUAUAAAUUAGUACAGAGCAACACUUAUGCAACCAAAAGAGAUAUAUAUUACACCGACAGCCAGCUCUUUGGUAACCAGACUGUUGUGGACAACAUCAUUGAUGACAUUUCCUGUAUGUUAAAAGUACCCAGGAGGAGUCUGCACAUAUUAUCUACAUCCAAAGGGCUAAUUGCUGGCAAUUUAAGAUUCAUGGAGGAAGACGGCACCAGAGUGAACUGUACUUGUGGGGCCUCGGCUACUGCAGUGCCAUCUAAUAUUCAAGGAAUUCGGAAUGCCAAGUUUCUGUUAAUUGUAGAAAAAGAUGCGACAUUCCAGCGGCUUCUAGAUGACAACUUUUGCAGCAAAAUGUCUCCAUGCAUCAUGGUUACGGGAAAGGGAAUACCUGACCUGAACACAAGGCUCUUAGUGAAGAGGCUAUGGGACGCGUUUCACAUCCCUGUCUUCACGCGUGACGCUGAUCCCCACGGCAUCGAGAUAAUGUGCAUCUAUAAGUAUGGGUCCAUGUCAAUGUCUUUUGAAGCCCACAACCUCACGGUUCCAGCUAUUAGAUGGCUUGGUCUCCUCCCUUCUGAUAUUAAAAGGUUAAACAUACCCAAAGAUAGUUUGAUUCCACUGACAAAACAUGACCAGAUGAAACUCCACAGUAUCCUGAAGAGACCUUAUGUUAACUGCCAACCAUUCUGGAGAAAAGAAAUGGAAAUGAUGGCAGACUCUAAACUGAAGGCGGAGAUCCAGGCUUUGACUUUCCUGUCAUCAGAUUAUCUCUCCAGAGUAUACUUGCCCAACAAACUGAAAUUUGGAGGAUGGAUAUAA